AGAGAUACAAAGAAAAUGUAUGCUAUGAAGUACAUGAACAAACAAAAAUGCAUUGAGCGUGAUGAAGUGCGUAAUGUUUUCAGAGAACUGCAGAUAAUGCAACGACUUGAGCACCCUUUUCUUGUGAAUCUAUGGUAUUCAUUCCAAGAUGAGGAAGACAUGUUUAUGGUGGUUGACCUUUUGCUGGGUGGAGAUUUACGCUAUCAUUUACAGCAAAAUGUACAUUUCAAUGAAGAAGCAGUGAAACUCUAUAUCUGUGAACUAGCAUUAGCCCUGGACUACCUGCAGAGCUACCAUAUCAUCCACAGGGACAUCAAGCCUGACAAUAUCCUUCUUGAUGAACAUGGGCAUGUUCACAUCACUGAUUUCAACGUAGCAACUGUGGUGAAGGAUUCUGAGAAAGCCAUAUCCAUGGCUGGGACAAAGCCCUACAUGGCUCCAGAGCUUUUUCAGGCCUUUUUGGAAGGAGGCCCUGGCUAUUCAUAUCCUGUGGACUGGUGGUCACUGGGCAUCACAUCUUAUGAACUGCUGAGGGGCUGGAGACCAUACGACAUUCACUCCAAUACUUCAGUGGAAGACAUACUUCUCAUGGUUAGUACUGAGAAAGUGCACUGCUCCUCCACGUGGUCCAAAGGCUUGGUGACAUUAGUAAAAAAGCUUCUUGUGAAAGAGCCUGAGUGUCGACUAUCAAGUCUCAAGGACAUUCAAAAUUCUCCGUACUUGGUUGAUGUGAACUGGGAUGCUGUUCUGGAGAAGAAUCUCCCUCCUGCUUUUGUUCCAAAUAAAGGGAGGUUAAAUUGCGAUCCAACCUUUGAACUGGAGGAAAUGAUACUGGAGUCCAAGCCUCUUCACAAGAAAAAGAAAAGGCUGGCUAAGAAUAAAUCUAAAGAUUCUGGGAAAGAUAGUUCCCCACUGUACGGGCACCUUCAACAAUGUUUGGAAACAGUCCACAAUGAUUUUACCAUAUUCAACAGAGAAAAGUAA